AUGACAGAGAAAAGCCGGUCCUUAAGACGCAACGACGUCGUUCAAAAUAUACUCAACAAACUUGAUGCUACGGUAAUUUGCACUCAGUGUCGUGAUGUUUUCAAGGAUCCUAAGCUGUCGGUGUGUUUGCACAGCUUUUGUGGUAACUGUUUGGAGCAGUUAUGGAAUCAUCAGUCGUCAAAGCUCAUUUUUAAGUGCCCGGUAUGCCAAACAGAAGCGACGGUACCGGAGGAAGAUCUUAAACCAUCGACGAAAAUGCCGGACUCGCCGUCAAAUUUUCACCUGAGUAGAAUCCUAGAUCUUUACAAGGCAAAGACCUUGAAGGAAGCAGAUGGGGUCUGCGACAACUGCAAAGACACAACAAAAUUGGAAGCGUUUUGUUUCGACUGCGAUGAGUACCUUUGCCCGCCGUGCACUAGUGCGCACGCUCAAAUGAACGUGAAGAAGAAGCACCGCGAAGUCAAACUUAAUGAAUUUGAAAGCAGCCACUACGAAGCGUUAUACAGGCGUCCCAUCUACUGCCAACAUGAAAGAAAAGACUUGGAAAGCAUAGAGUUCUAUUGCCCGGAAUGUGAUGUCUACAUGUGCGGCCUCUGUAACAUUAUUGACGAGGAAUAUCACGCAACACAAGACAUUCAAGAUGUGGCAGACAGAAGUAAAGUCGCGAUGGAGGAAAAAGCGACUAUUGUACGCGGAAAAGCUCGGGAGAUUCAGACGGGAAUUGAAAACACCGAAAAUCGCAUCGCGGAAAUCGAUAGGUGCAUCGAUUUGCUGAAAAACGAAGUGGAUGGGAAAGUCGCUUAUCUCGUAGGAAUCCUCACGAAGCAUGGCGAUGAGAUGUCAAAGAUGUUAGAAGAAAUCCGCAACGAAAAGAAAGGAAAAAUUCUGACACAGAAGAGUAGGCUAGAGUCUCUUUCAGCCCAGACGAAUAGUUCACUUGAAUUUGUGGAUUCUCUAAUCGGCAGGGAAUUUGCUCCCGAAAUUAUGGUUCUAAGAGAUCGUGUGAUCUCUCGCCUGGAAAGUUUGGGUGAUAUGAUCAUUGACACGCGACCAGUAGAGAAUUCAGCCGUAGAGUACAUCCCGAAUCCUUCGCUGGUGAACACCCUUGAGACGAUGUCGCUUGGUCAGAUCGUUGUCAGCAGUACUGACCCGUUGUCUUGCUUCGCAGACGGCGAAGGACUCAGAAAAGCCUUCGUGGGAGAAGAUACGUCUUUCGCGGUGACAACUCGCGAUAUGAAUGGUGACGUGUGUUAUAGCAGUGCAGAUCACGUCACGGUAGAAGCAAAGUCUAACAACAACUGCGGAGAAGUAAUCACGGUUGACGUUAAAAGCUCCGAAGAUGGACACUACGACGUGACGUACGUUGCCAAAGCGGUUGGUACUUACGGCUUAGAAGUAAAAGUUGGUGGCCAGCACAUCCAGGAAAGUCCUUUUGAACUGGUCAUCAAACCACCUGUCAUGCUUCCUUUCAAAUCUUUCGAGUCCAUGACAGGAGCAAACGGUCUCUUCACCCAACCCAAUGGCAUUGCCAUCAGCAGUAUAGGAGACAUUGCGGUCUCAGACACUCAAAAACACUGCGUCCAUUUGUUGAAUUCAAGCGGGAUGAGCAAAAUGGACUUCGGAGGCGAAGAGCUGAACUAUCCCGUUGGCGUUGCCUUUGACAUCACUGAGAAAAACGUCAUAGUCGCCGAUAGAGACAACCAUCGCAUUUUGGUUUAUAACGCGAAGACAGGUAAGCUGGUUCGAAAGAUCGGCCGUCGGGGCAGCGGCGAAGGUCAGUUCGACGGACCCUCCGGAAUCUGCGUAGAUGGCGAAGGUCGCAUCAUUGUCGCCGACUGGAACAACCAUAGAAUCCAAGUCUUCUCGCCCGAGGGAAUUUUCUUGUUUAAGUUUGGAGACACGAUUAAAAGCAAGCUGAAAAAGCCUAGGGCCGUUACUUUCUGCAACGUAAGGAAGCGCUUUGUGGUCUCUGACACUGGAAAUAAUGUCUUAAAAGUUUUCGGCCCCAAGGGAAACUUUCUGCAAACCAUUGGAGCACCGGGCGCCAAGAAAGGAGAAAUGUAUAGUCCACGAGGAGUUAUUGUGGACAAGUUGGACAGAAUCGUAGUUUGCGAUUUUGACAAUCAUCGCGUGCAGUUCUUUAGAUUCGAUGGAACUUGCCUGAAUUCGUUCGGUGCUAAAGGAAAGUCGCUGGGACAGUUUAAUCACCCAAUGGGUGUCGCUUUAUUAAAGGAUAAUCAAAUUGUUAUCAGUGACUGGGGAAACGAUCGUAUUCAAGUAUUCUCCAUGGGCAACCAAACAAGGGUAUCACUAUUCACUGAACACAAGAAUUCUACAUUGUAGAAUGAAUUUACUCCAGACAAUUUAAGUUUUGUUCACUUUAUAACUGAACAGUCACUCAUCUUUUACUUGUCCUUGCAGAAACUCGAAUAUCUUCGUCAGUUCAACUGACUUGAUUUGUAAAAUAGUUCAUUAGAAGGUUGCCAUUUAGCUGUUAAAAAAACUUUCAGAAUACAGAGAAACAAAUCAUUUGUUUCUUCGCUUAGUCACAGCAGUGCCUGAUGCACAAGUGCACAGCGAACCGUACAAAUGUGGUAUAGUUUAAUAGAUUAACUGUUUUUAAUUGUCUUCAAUUUUACGUCCCAAAAUUCAUGUUUUUAUAAAGAUUUUUGUCUAAUCGGUUUUUCUUACUUUGAUUUUAAGAGUUGAAUUGAAUAGGGAAUAUUUACCAAAUACGGUGCGAAACUGAUACAUACUUUCAAAGUGAAUUCCGGCAAUGAAGUAUUUAUAGUUUAAAAAGAAAGAUAGGUUUUUUAUAGAUUUACACAAAAUUAGAUUCAUUUGGUAGUUUGAUCGUUUUAUGGGAUGAAACUUUGGAGAAGCACUCCUGUUUGUGAAGUAUUCUAUGUGUUUUGUGAAAAAAUUUCAAUAGCAAACUGAAUUGUAGUAAUCAAUGCAGUAAAAUGAAGUCUAUAUUAAUUUUGUAAGCUGAAUAAUUAAAUCCAAUAUCUCAAUCUACUAAGCAGUGUUCUCAGUGGCGUGACGUGAGGUUUUGAAGGUGAACGCAGGGAAAGAAAGCCCUGGGGGGUACUCUCUUAUACAAGUCAUAUAGGUAUUUGCCGUCCCAAAGGGUAGUGUUUUGGGGCCUUUUUGGUCUGAAAACGGGUAUACACUUUGCCCAUUUUGGUCUGGAAUCGGGUAUGGUUUUCGAGGGAACUACCGGAGUGUAUGAACGUAUUUAUCGUUUCGAAGAAAGAAAUAGAAAUAUGCGAAUUCGAAAUACGUUAAUUUGGAGAAAUGUUUUAUUUGCGCUCUAAUCUAAGGUGAAUUAUGACAUAAUUUCUGCCUCAAGGCAAGGUCGAGAAACAGGUGUGGAAAAUAAAAAUUUUUGGUCUGAAAUAGGGGUCAGGAUUUGGGGAACUGGUCGGCACACCCCCACCAAGAAUUCCCAGGAGUACCCCCACCACUCCAGGAAGAAAGGAU